ACGCGCUCGGUCGAAAGGAACUUGGCAUUUGAGCGUGCGCGUUCGUUCGGUCCAGCUCUGUCUGUCGUUGCGGGCUCAACUCUGGCUGUGGUCUCGGUGGAGGUGGCAACCAGAUUGUCAGCGAGCAGGCUUGGGGGACACACGCGCUCUCCCACGUGCAACAAUGGCGGAUAUCGACUCAACGACCUUGGACUUUUCUUUCUCUGAGCUCACUUCCCUGCCAGAUGUCUAUGAGGAAGAGCCGCGGGCUGGUGCGAUCAAGGCGGCUGCUACAGGUGGCAAAGGGGGCAAGGGAGGCGUGUGUGCCAAAGGCAAGGUCGUUGUUACCACGCUGAAACUGAACAACAAUGUCAUCUCCGAUCUGACGGAGCUUCCCACCAUCCUGCCCGACAUCUUGGUAGAUUGGUCACAGCUGGUAUUUUUGGAUCUGAGCUUCAACUGUCUCAACGCCAUUCCCAAAGAGCUCGAGUGCCUUCCACAGCUUGGCAUUCUCUACCUCCAUGGCAACAACAUUGGUGCAUUGACUGAGGUCUGUUUUUACUUCUUCCGACUCGCUGAUGUCGCCUGGUGGUAUCACCGCCGGUUUUUCAUGGUUGUGGUGUAUUGGCUAUCACAGAAUGAGGCCAUGCUACCCGCCAAAGAACUGCGUCAAGUCGAAGCCAAAAAACUGCGACAAGUCGACAAAAUUGGCAAGCUCAUGACAAACCUCAAGAGCUUUAGCCUACACGGCAGCUAUCUUGAGCGCAUCGAAGGUUAUCGGCAGCAUGUGGUGGCGGCCAUUCCCUCACUGCGCAAGUUUGACUUUGUCGCCGUCACGUCGGCCGAUCGCGAGCGCGCCGCACGCUGGAAGGCCAUGCAUAGCCCUCGCCGCACCAAGGCACCGGCCUAAACUCCAUCCAUGCCACCUUCCCUUUCGAGGCGCUUCUCGCCGCAUUGUGAUCAGACUUCCCCCCCCCCCUCCCCCCCAUUUUUUUCUUGGUUGUACUUUUCAAUCUCAAUAAG